AUGUCCACAGGUCCCGCUCAGAAAUCACAAAGAUUUCUUCGAGCGACCCUACUUGACCUCAUCCCAGCCUCAGCUCUCUCCCGGCGACGCUCCCAGCCGCAUCCUUCCUUGACCUCUCGUGCGCGGCGACCCCGGGUCACAAUGGCGUCGGGGGUGACCAUGAUAGCGGUGACCUGCCUGACCUUCCUGGUUGGGUCGGCCCUCGCUGACCCCAUCACAAGGUACAAUCCGACGCGGCCCAAAGCCUUCGACUUCGCAGCAGACGCAGAGCAAGUAGUGGGGGAAAUCCACGAUAACUUCACUUGCGACCACCGGGAGUAUGGGUAUUAUGCCGAUCAAGGACAGGACUGCCAAGUCUUCCACAUCUGUAUGCCAGUCAAAACUGUCACUGGCAGAGUUCUUGAUACUUUCCAGUUCAGCUUCUUCUGUCCAAACCAAACUCGCUUCAGUCAAGACUCACGCACUUGCAUCAAUGAGGAUCAGGCUUACCCAUGUCACAAGGCACACACCUUGUACGACUUGAACAAGGCAAUAGGACAACGCCCAUUGAAGAAGAAACCCGUUGAGACUGGGGCUAACCAUAGAUUUAGCUCGUCUUCCUCCUCGUCUGGGUCCCAAAGCCCUUCGUCUGCAGAAGACAGUAGUUUUACGUCGUCUUCCAACCAUCAUUCCUCCAACAAUGCUCUGCUUGUGGAAGAUUCGAUUACACCGGUGCAUAUUAAUUCAAAUCUGAACAUUGGAGCUUCAGUCGUACCUGCUUCCCAACCUACAAGCUCCUCUGGCUUUUCUAGGUCAUCCAUUAGUCCCAGCCAAAGUAGGUUGACUAGUGGUCAGUCCUCUUCAUUUAAUACAAGGCUAUCCAGUGAUGCUCAAAGCCAGGCUACAGUUUCGUCAAACACUGGUAGUUCACAUGUGGAGCACAAGGAAAACACAGAACAGUCCAGCAACUCGAGAGAUUUCACUCACUUAUCAGUCAACUCCGAAUUCACUGAACCUAUUAUACCACCAGGAUCACAAGUACUUUCUACAGUGUCCAUAAAUCGCCAAAAUGCACUAAUCCAAAACUUGGAAAAGGAUCAUGAAUCAUCGAUAAAGAAUAGCGAGUCUGCCACACAAGGCCAUGCAGGAGCACAGCAGUCAAAUUCAGCAUCAUUUUCUCACUCCAACACUGAAAAUAGGCGUAUAUCUACUUCAGGCAAUUUUGCAUCAACCUCUGUGACUUCUAAUAAUCGGGGGUCCAGUCUUGUAUCAAACAAUGCACAAAACGAAUCUCCUAACUUCAGACCAAUACCAGUAAAGGGAACACAAAAUGCAAAUUCAGUUAGACUUACCACUACACAGAGACAAACUACUGCACCUCAGGUACAGCCUCAAUUGAAGACAGUGCAAGGUAGUGCUGGGCUCUCCUCUUCCAUCACAAUCCCAGGAUUCUCUGCUGGAAUAGUUAGGGUUGAAGGAGAAACCUUAAGCAACACUGGUUCAGAUGUUGUUCAUGCCGACCAAGAUUUAGGUGAUAUUGACAUCUCAACUGAGGAUUAUGAAACUGAUGAUGAAGAAUACAUUACUACUGAAACCCCUUCAUUGGCAUCAGGAAACUUUGCAAAUUCUCCAUUUGGAUUAGCUUUCACAAAGGGAUCUACAGGUUCAGGAUUACGGGGGUCGUCCUUAUCCAUAAACGGUCAAAGAAAUAAUGCAGCUGGUUUUAGCUCAUCCUCGAGCUUCCAUGGGUCUUCUAAUGGGCAAGGAUCUAGUGCAGGAUCCAUAUCUUUAAGCGUAUCUGGUAACCAGGGGUCUAGGGUAAACACAGGGUUCAGUGGUACACCUGUGUCUGUCACACAGGGAUCUAUUAGAACUUCUGUAUCUAACACACAAGGAUCUAGAGUAGCAUCCAUUGGAACUUCUACAACUAACUCACAAGGACAAAGGGGAACAGUGAGAUUCAGUGGCAUAUCAGCAACAAAUGCUCAAGGAUCUAGGGGGACUUCAACAUUUAGUGGAGCAUCUGCUGGCACUCUGGGAUCUACCAGCUCAUCAGGAUUUGGUGGAGUAUCUGCAUCUAACACAGGGUCUCAAGGAACAACAGGAUUCAAUGGAGCAUCUAUAUCUAACACCCAAGGAUCACAAUUGGGUGGAGUAUCUGUUUCUGGCACACAAGCAUCUAGGGGAGCAGCAGGGGCCAGUGGAGCAUUUGUAUCAACUACACAGGGAUCUAGCAGAACUUCAGCAGCUAAUGCCCAAGGAUCAUCAGGAACAUCCACAGCUAACUUCCAAGGAUCUCGAGGAACAGUAGGAUUCAGUGGAGUAUCUGGGUCUAAUACCCAAGGAUCUAGAGGAACUGUAGGAUUUAGUGGGAUAUCAGCAUCUGGCACACUGGGAUCUACCAGCUCAUCAGGAUUUGGUGGAGUGUCUGCAUCUAACACAGGGUCUCAAGGAACAGCAGGAUUCAAUGGAGCAUCUACAUCUAAUACCCAAGGAUCACAAUUGGAUGGAGUAUCUGUUUCUGGCACACAAGCAUCUAGGGGAGCAGCAGGGGCCAGUGGAGCAUUUGUAUCAACUACACAGGAUUCUAGCAGAACUUCGGCAGCUAAUGCCCAAGGAUCAUCAGGAACAUCCACAGCUAACUUCCAAGGAUCUCGAGGAACAGUAGGAUUCAGUGGAGUAUCUGGAUCUAAUACCCAAGGAUCUAGAGGAACUGAAGGAUUUAGUGGGGCAUCAACAUCUGGCACACUGGGAUCUACCAGCUCAUCAGGAUUUGGUGGAGUAUCUGCAUCUAACACCCAGGCAGCAAGGGGAACAGUAGGAGUCAGUGGAGCAUCUGUGCUGAGUGCACAGGGAGCUGUAAGUACUACUGUAUCAAAUAUACAAGGAUCUCAGGGACUAUCCACUGGAACCACCACAACUAAUACCCAAGGGUCUCAAGAAACAGCAGGAUUCAGUGGUGCAUCUAUAUCUAACACCCAAGGAUUACAAGUGGGUGGAGUAUCUAGGGGAACAACAGGAGGCAGUGGAGCAUUUGUAUCAACUACACAGGGAUCUAGCAGAACUUCUGUAGUCAAUGCCCAAGGAUCCUCAGGAACAUCCACAGCUAACUUCCAAGGAUCUCGAGGAACAGUAGGGUUCAGUGGAGUAUCUGGGUCUAAUACCCAAGGAUCUAGAGGAACUGUAGGAUUUAGUGGGAUAUCAGCAUCUGGCACACUGGGAUCUACCAGCUCAUCAGGAUUUGGUGGAGUAUCUGCAUCUAACACAGGGUCUCAAGGAACAGCAGGAUUCAAUGGAGCAUCUACAUUUAAUACCCAAGGAUCACAAUUGGGUGGAGUAUCUGUUUCUGGCACACAAGCAUCUAGGGGAGCAGCAGGGGCCAGUGGAGCAUUUGUAUCAACUACACAGGGAUCUAGCAGAACUUCAGCAGCUAAUGCCCAAGGAUCAUCAGGAACAUCCACAGCUAACUUCCAAGGAUCUCGAGGAACAGUAGGAUUCAGUGGAGUAUCUGGGUCUAAUACCCAAGGAUCUAGAGGAACUGUAGGAUUUAGUGGGAUAUCAGCAUCUGGCACACUGGGAUCUACCAGCUCAUCAGGAUUUGGUGGAGUAUCUGCAUCUAACACAGGGUCUCAAGGAACAGCAGGAUUCAAUGGAGCAUCUACAUCUAAUACCCAAGGAUCACAAUUGGGUGGAGUAUCUGUUUCUGGCACACAAGCAUCUAGGGGAGCAGCAGGGGCCAGUGGAGCAUUUGUAUCAACUACACAGGGAUCUAGCAGAACUUCGGCAGCUAAUGCCCAAGGAUCAUCAGGCACAUCCACAGCUAACUUCCAAGGAUCUCGAGGAACUGUAGGAUUCAGUGGAGUAUCUGGAUCUAAUAUCCAAGGAUCUAGAGGAACUACAGGGUUUAAUGGAGCAUCAACAUCUGGCACACUGGGAUCAACCAGUUUAUUAUCUAGCACUCAGGCUUCUAGGGGAACAGUAGGAUCCAGUGGAGCAUCAGUCUCUGGCGCACAGGGGGCCAUUAGAGUAACUACCUCAAAUGUACAAGGAUCCAGAGGAACAUCUUCUGGAACAGCUGCAAACAGCCUCCAAGGAUCCCAAGAAACAGGAGGCUUUAACAGAGUAUCUAUAUCUAACACCCAAGGUUCUAGUGGAGCAUCUACAUCUAGCAGUUCUGCACAAGGAUCUACAGGGACAUCCACCAGCUUCCAAGGGUCUAGAGGAACUGUAAAUUUCAAUGGAGCAUCCAUAUCUAACACCCAAGGAUCUAGGGGAGCAUCUGUCUCUGGCACAGUAGGAUCCACCAGUUCAUCAAACCUCAGUGGAGGUUCAGCAUCUGGCAGCCAGGCAUCAAGGGGAACUGUGGGAUUCAGAGGAGCUUCCGUCUCUGGUGCACAUGGAGCUAUCCAAACUACAUCAUCUAAUGUACAGGGAUCCAGGGGAACUGCAGGAUUUAGUGGAUCAUCUACAUCUGGCACACUAGGAUCUACUAGUUCCUCAAGAAUAAGUGGAGCAUCUCUUUCUAGCACACAUGGAUCUAGGGGAACAGCAGGAGCUACAGGAAUAACUGGUUCUUCAGGAACAACUGGAUCUACACUUAACACACAAGGAUCUAGAGGAACCUCUGGGUUCAGUGGAACAGGUUUACAGGGAACAUCUGUAACCAAUACCCAAGGAACCACACAUAUUAAUGGUGUACUUGUGUCUAAUACACAAGGAUCAGAGGCAAAUUCGCAAAUUAAUCAAGGGGUGCAGGGUUCUACUAAUGCAGCUGUAUCAACUACAACUUUUGGAUCAAGAGGCUCAUCUAACAUUGGUCUUGCUACUCAAUCAAUAACCAAGAACCCAGGAUCACGGGUAACAACUCUCUUAGUAAGCAAUGAAGGGGAAAAGUCUUCUUCAAAACUCAGAAGUUCUACAGAAAAUCAAGGAUUAACAAGCUCAACUGCUCAACACCAAUCUGAAUCACAAGGGUCUGAAGCAUCUAGACUUCAUGGGUCAGGAGUGCAUGGGUCAGUAUCUUCAGGAAUUAGGGAGUCUACAGCUUCUGAAGUACAAGGGUUACUUACUACAGGCAUUCAGGGGUCCCUUGCAGGAUCACAGGGAUCAGUAUUAGUAAGAGGCCAUGAAUCAGGUUCUUCAACAGUUCAUGGAUCUUCUUCAGGUCAAGGGUCAGCAUCAUCAGGUGUUCGUGGGUCAACUUCUGCAGGUGUUCGUGGGUCAGCUUCUUCAGGUGUGCGUGGGUCAGAUUCUUCAGGUGUUCGUGGGUCAGCUUCUUCAGGUGUUCGUGGGUCAGCUUCUGGUGUUCGUGAGUCAGCUUCUUCUGGUGUUCGUGGAUCAACUUCUUCAAGUGUUCGUGGGUCAGCUUCUUCAGGUGUUCGUGGAUCAGCUUCGUCAGGUGCUCGUGGGACAGCAUCUUCAAGUGGAACAGCAUCCUCAGUAUCAAGAGCAAGAGGAUCUGAGCUGUCUAGUGUUCAAAGUACUCAGUCCUCCUCCGCUAUUUCAAGUAGUCAAGGAUCCAGAUCAUCUUCACCUGUUACUAGGAGCAGAGGAAAGAAGAAGUUCCAGCCUAGCACCUACCUCUUGCAGGGAUCAGUAUGGGAUUCUGGAAAUACUCAAACCUCUUUCAGGCAAAGCUCAGCUGCUGCUUCUAUUCCAAGGGGAAAUCGCAGGUUUCGCACAUCAAGUGGACGCCACCGUUCUUCCUCAGUCAACGGGAACUCUGCAAACAAUGAAGUAAGCAAGACAGAAUCUGUAAAAGAUUCGUCUGCUAGUUUCUCAUCCUUUGGCGCUCAGAAUUCUAGGGGAACAGUAGGAUCCAGUGGUGCAUCUGUGUCUGGUGCACAGGGAGCUGUUAGAACAAAUGCUCAGAGUUCUAGCAUAUCUUCAAACCUUGCCAGUAACACAGGUUCACAUUCAAGUAUCCAGCUUUCAAAUGGAUCCUUCAGGUCUAGUGGUUCAACAAGUGGUUCUACCAACUUUCAGAGAUCCACAACCCCUCGUACCAUUGUAGAUUCAUUAGCAACUGGCCAAAGAUUUCAUGGAUCAUCACUAUCCCAAGGUACAUCAAGUUCAGUAACAAACACCCAAAAUUCUGGAUCAUCAAGGAAUCAGUUAUCGUCAAACUCAUUUACAGUACGUGGAUCAUCUCACGUACAAAACAACCAAAUUUCAAAAAGCGUUUCUCUUGAUAUACAGAAAAACCAAGCCUCUUCUCAAGGUGAUGAAAUUGGGCAAAUUGAUUUGGUAACUACUACAGAAAAUUAUGAUUAUGAAGUCAACACAGAAUAUGAACUGACGACUGAAUCUACUUUUGAGGAUUAUGAAACUGAGAAUACAGAGGCUCCUGUACAGAUUGUGUCCACCAAUUCUCGUAGGAACCAGGCAAGAGCCUUUGGUUCCCGUGGUAACUUCUUUUCAAGUAAUUCUUUCAACUCUGCCCGCAACACUAAGCCUACAAUAAGGAACCAAGUCACACCAGCACCUAUUGUGAAGCAGGCUACUUCUACUGAUGCUUCCAUAACUAAUUCCCAGGUAUCAAAACCAACAACACCAUCCUUUAAUACCAGAACUUCUCCUUUGAAUGGCCCAAGAAUAACAACAACAGCACCUCUAAUAAGUAACUCAUUCAGGAGGACCUCAAGCCGUCAACGUUUAACCAGCAGGAAUAAUGUAGUUACUAAUUCUCAAACUGCUGCAGAAUCAGAGGCCAGUGUUCAAGAAAAUAGUGAAGAAUCUUUUGAUGGCCUUCGUGUGUUUGAAGUUUCUGAAGGAAACCAAAAUUCACAAGGAAAUGGAAGAACUGUGAUUAAGAAGAAGAUUAUCAUUAAUGGCAGACCAGGAUCACGAAGAACUAAAACAAAUAACCAGGCAAGUGAGAGUGCUCAAGAGGAAACAACAGACACUGAUAGUAAUCAGUCUUCUAACAACAGGGAAACACUUAGAGCAUCAUCUGUCUCCAGUGCCCAAACAAGGAGUCAGAAUGCAAGAGUGUCUUCCGGUAGGCUAUCAGGAAGGCAAGGAUCAAGGUCAUCUUCAAGAUCACGAGGAUCAUCCCGUGCAAGCUCUGUUACCAAUCAAGGAUCAACAUUAACUUCUGACAGCCAAACAGAGGAAGAAAAGAAACGCACUCGGGCAUUAGAUGCUCUAGCAAGAUUUAACCCUGGGCUUGGAAAUUCACAGUUAUUGUCGGUAAAGUUCAUCCCAAAUAAAAAAGCCGCAACAACCAAAACAACCAGCAAUGACAAUGGAUCACGUGGUUCGACAAGAUUUACCUCACGCCGUCGUGGACCAGCGGCACCAACUACGAGUCAGGAAUCUGCCACAACAACAGUAGCACCAAACUCACAAGAGGCUACUCAGGAUUCACAAAGUGAUGCAAAAACUCAAAGGGCACUAGCAGCAUUACAAAAUUUUAAUCCAGGUGCCGGUAAUGCUAGGUUACUCUCUGUAAAGUUCACUCCCAAUAACAACAAAAAGAGCCAAGACAAAGUAUCCACUAACCAACAGUCAAGUGUUCGUAGCUCCUCCAUAUCUUUUGAAAGCCGCAGCAGAGGUAGCUCCAGGGUGUCCAACAGCAUUACAACCACAGUGCCUCCUCAGCCCAUCACAACGACUGCUACUCCCCUUCGAAGACUCAAAACAAACAACAGAAGAGUUGUUGUCCGUAAGAGGAUCGAAAAUCAGGAAAGAGACAAUUCUGACUCUGAAGAUUCAACAACAAUUUCCACAUCUUUGAACAACGGAAGAAGAGGUAGUACGAGAUUCAGGAAUUCAGGUAAUUCCCGCAGACGGGUUAUCACAAGAGUUACCCCCGUUUCUGAUAGCGGCGUGCAGGCUGAAGAUGAAAACGCCAGCUCUCAGGAAAGAACAUCUAAUUCAUUCUCUUCAUUCUCAUCUUCAUUCAACACCCAGUCAGCAAGCUCAUCUAAAACAGAAUCUUCUACAGGAAAUUCAGAACCAUCACAGAUCACAGAUAUUCCCUCAGGCUUAAAACUCCGGGUUGUUGGGACGAGCAUCAAGUCGAGCGUUUCAACAAAUACAGACGGUGAAAAAGUUGAAAGUUCCUCUUCGUUUUCUCAAAGUAAUGGAUCCUCGAGAUUUUCCUCUACCUCGAAUGUAUCCAGAAGUUCGACGAAGGACUCCAGUGAACCUUUAACUGAUCUGGAACUGGAGGCUCUCUCAGCCCUGGCACAAGUAAACACAGGAAUUGGGUCAAAUGACGAAAUCACCAGAAGUAACUCUAGAAGUACAUUUCGAUCGAGGUCUAGAUCUUCGUUUUCUAGAUCGAGAAAAUAGGUUUUAAUUACAAUGAAUUCCUUUGCCAUAUAUCUUCUAUCUUGCAUUUAAUAGGUUUUAAGACUUGAAUGUUUAUAUCAUUCGCUUGUCAUGGCCAUCGUUUUACACAGGGAGCAAGUGAAGUGCUAUAAGAUAACAUGAUUUAAACGUUAUGUAUUAACAUUAUCUUUGUAUUGUUGAUAUGUAUAUCUAUGCAUUGUAUAAUAUUUGACAGUAUUAAAACAUUUGCCAUAAAA